UUGAUGUUUGAUCUGCAGGCCUCCAAGAAUGAAUCGAGAGAAGUUCCGCUCUGUUGACUUCCUACCAGACCCAGAACCAGACCAGACUCGCACUCGAAACGACCCAACAGCGAAUCCUGGAGAAGAGUUGCAUUACAGGUGUUUCGAGGAUGUCUACCAGACCGCAACAACUGAGGAUCAUCGACCGUCCAAGAAUCCACCAAAGAAGAAACCGUCCUUUGGACAUGGAUUUUCCCCAAGUCAAAGGCACGUGACCAAUGUUGACAUGAUGUUGCAGUGUUCAGAAUGUGACCAAUGGAGGUUACUGUUCUGCAAAACAAAGCUCUCAAGAACCCAGAAAGCAACACUUAAGCGCAUCAUAGAUGAUGCGGACUACACUUUUAGUGCCACCUUGGAUGAAAUGGAAUUCCCUGAUGAUUUCCCAGACAUUUUGGUGAGGAGCCAUCGAUGCCAUGAUCCAAUUGAAUCGCUGUAUUAUGGAUGUAGUUACGAUGUCAUCUGUGUACACUGUUCUACAGGAGACCAUCUUCUUCAUGUGGAGGACACCAAUCCGUAUUAUCCACAGUGUCAAGGAUGCAUGGAUGCCGGAAAAGAGAAAAUUCCCCGCAAGGGUGGAUCAAAGGAUUAAUGACUCUGCCAUUGGCUGUUGAUUGUGCUCUCCCGUGACAUUUACAUAUAUGAGCAUUACAUGUAGUCCCAGUCAGCACUACAUGUAUGGAAGACAAACAGUAAAAAUUUGAGUAAAAACUGUCAACAAAGAA